GUGACAAUAGAGGACUUGCCAAGAGUACCGCUAAGAUCUUUUGGAAGAUGAUAUCAGUUCGCAAGCAGAUAUCAUGCGUUAGACUGCCGUACGUUAUUUGCGAUAAAUGUCGCACCACAAUCACCAGCUCCAUCCAAUUUCGGCGCGCGUGCAUGAAGAGUAAUAACACGUUCAAAAGGGUUGUUGAAAUGCUCAAGACUAAUAUGCUGGAUGAUUUGAAUAAUCUGGAAACAAGAUCUGUUAUUUCCCCAAUCGAUAUAAUCAACGCACACAUAACUGGGCCAUCUCACGAUAGCAAACCCGAUCCUAUGCCUUCGCUUCACAUCGGACCGACAGGGAAAUCUACAAACAAUGCAGUUGGUUCGAAGUUAUAUACCGAUACUAUCAACGAACACACAAUGGGGCCAUCUCAAUAUGAUAAUGAAAUUGUAGUACUAGACGACAGCGACUCCGAAAUUAUACCAUCUCUCCACAUCAAAACGACAGAGAAACCUACAAACAAUGCAGAUGGUUCCCAGUCAUAUCCCGAGAGCAUAUGUAAUUCUUCCAGAAAUAACAUGAACGGUAGUCUGACGAAUAUUUCAAGUGCUGAAAUGGAGUGUAAAAUUAACCGGCAGGCCGAAGAAUCCAACAUAGAACCAUUGGAUGGCAAUGAUUCCGAUUAUUCCGUGACUUCUUUGUUUGGCGAAGCUAUGCAGGAAAUAUCGGUGAUCGAAACCGAAAGUGCUGAAAGCGCAAAAUGCCCCACCGAAGAGAGUGGAUAUUUUCGGACGUCCAGUGUAGCAUGCGAAGAGACACAAACCGUUAUCGAAAGCAAUAUGGUGGAAUCAAAUGCAAUGCUGCCUGACGGCUCUGAUUCUGAUGAUUCAGUUGUUUCUCUGUACAAGGAAGUUGUGGGAAACAAACAUUCCAAAGCAUCAAGUGCGUGCCAAAAAGAGAAAGGUUUAAAAUCUAAUGAAAAGCAACUAUGUUUCAUUUGCGGUAUUUUGCAACGGGAUUUAAACAACCAUAUGAAAAUGAGUCAUAUCAAAACUAAGAAAUUCUCAUGUCCACAUUGUCCGAAAGGAUUUGUACGAAAAUUCGAAGUGUUGCUACACAUAAACACGUCACAUAAGAAAAAUAUUACUUAUAGCUGUGAGCAUUGCGGUAAAGGAUUUACCAAUCGUAAUAGUCAUUACUAUCAUGUGGUAAAUUCUCAUCGGAAGAGUGCCCUUCACGAAUGUAAAAUAUGCCACCGGAAACUGAAGUCUUGGGAUGGAUACAAGAAACAUCUUAAAACACACUCAUUAACAUCACACCCGUGUCCAGAUUGCGAUAAGCUCUUCAAAACAACAGCAACUCUUGAAAAACACAAAACACUCUAUCAUGCAUCAUAAACGUGCUGAAUUUUCGCAGUGUGACGAAAAGAGAACUUUGCUAAGCUCUGUUAUUGCUUUCCGCAAUUGCUGGAAUUAUGUCUAUCAAUAAAGCAUAGAUCAACUGAAAAUCAAAACGGUAGUGGAUAUAAUUUGGUAAAAUCCCAAAUGAAGCCCUCCCGGCGCCGCA